CGCCCUUCAGCGCCCGCCCGGCUGGCCAGGCCUGGCCUCGGCUCCCUCGGGGCGGCAGUGCGGCCCCUCCAGCUCCAGGCCACGCCCCAGGAGAAUGUGGACAACCCACUCGUGGUCCUAGGGGAGCCGGAGAAACAGCAGAGGGUGCAGCAGCUGGAAUCUGAGCUCAGCAAGAAGCGGAAGAAAUGCGAGAGUCUGGAGCACGAAGCCCGGAAAAAGCAGAGGCGAUGUGAGGAGCUGGAACUGCAGCUGAGAGAAGCCCAGAAUGAGAAUGCCCGCCUGGUGGAGGAGAACUCUCGGCUCAGUGGGAGAGCCACGGAGAAGGAGCAGGUGGAGUGGGAGAAUGCGGAGCUGAGGGGCCAGCUUCUGGGGGUGACACAGGAGAGGGACUCAGCCCUUCGCAAGAGCCAGGGCCUGCAGAGCAAGCUGGAGAGCCUGGAGCAGGUGCUCAAGCACAUGCGGGAGGUGGCCCAGCGGCGGCAGCAGCUGGAGGUGGAACAUGAGCAGGCUCGGCUCAGCCUGCGGGAGAAGCAGGAGGAGGUCCGGAGGCUGCAGCAGGCCCAGGCAGAAGCCAGGAGGGAACAUGAAGGGGCCGUGCAGCUGCUGGAGUCUACCUUGGAUUCCAUGCAGGCCCGGGUUCGAGAGCUUGAGGAGCAGUGCCGCAGCCAAACCGAGCGCUUCAGUCUCCUGGCACAGGAGCUCCAGGCCUUCCGCCUGCACCCUGGCCCCUUGGAUCUGCUCACCUCUGCCCUGGACUGUGGGGCCCUUGGGGACCACCCACCACCCCCCUGUUGCUGCUCCACCCCACAGCCCUGCCGGGGGUCCGGCCCCAAAGAUCUUGACCUCCCGCCGGGCUCCCCAGGACGCUGCACCCCAAAGUCCUCUGAGCCUGCCCCUGCCACCCUUGCUGGGGUCCCUCGAAGGACGGCCAAGAAGGCAGAGUCUCUCUCCAACUCCUCACGCUCCGAGUCCAUCCACAACAGCCCCAAGUCAUGUCCGACUCCCGAGGUGGACACAGCCAGUGAGGUGGAGGAGCUGGAGGCGGACAGCGUCUCCCUGCUCCCAGCAGCGCCGGAGGGCAGCCGGGGAGGAGCCAGGAUCCAGGUCUUCCUAGCGCGCUAUAGCUACAACCCCUUCGAGGGCCCCAAUGAGAAUCCGGAGGCAGAGCUUCCGCUGACAGCGGGCGAGUACAUCUACAUCUAUGGAAACAUGGACGAGGAUGGCUUUUUUGAAGGGGAGCUCAUGGAUGGCCGAAGGGGCCUGGUCCCUUCCAAUUUCGUAGAGCGGGUGUCCGACGACGACCUCCUGACCUCCCUCCCUCCGGAGCUGGCGGAUUUGUCCCACAGCUCAGGCCCUGAGCUCAGCUUCCUGAGUGGAGGUGGGGGUGGCAGCAGCAGCGGGGCCCAGAGCAGCGGGGGACGCAGCCAGCCCAGACUGGAGGAGGAGGAUGCAGGGGACGAGCUCAGUCUGAGCCCCUCGCCGGAGGGCCUGGGCGAGCCUCCUGCGGUGCCUUACCCCCGCCGCCUGGUGGUCCUCAAGCAGCUGGCGCACAGCGUGGUGCUGGCCUGGGAGCUGCCUCCUGAGCGGGUGGCACUGCACGGCUUCCAUAUCUGCGUGAAUGGGGAGCUGCGUCAGGCCCUGGGGCCCGGGGCGCCCCCCAAGGCUGUGCUUGAGAACCUGGACCUGCAGGCCGGACCCCUCCAUGUUUCCGUCCAGGCCCUGACCAGCCGGGGCAGCUCCGACCCUCUGCGCUGUUGCUUGGCGGUGGGGGCUCGGGCCGGCCUGGUACCCAGCCAGCUGCGGGUCCAUCGGUUGACAGCCACAUCGGCUGAGAUCACCUGGGUGCCCGGCAAUAGCAACUUGGCCCAUGCCAUCUACCUCAAUGGGGAAGAGUGCCCACCUGCCCGCCCCAGCACCUACUGGGCCACCUUCUGCCACCUACGGCCUGGCACACCCUAUCAGGCCCGAGUGGAGGCUCAGCUCCCGCCCCGAGGGCCCUGGGAGCCAGGCUGGGAGCGGCCAGAGCAGCGGGCUGCCACCCUGCAGUUCACCACACUCCCAGCAGGCCCACCCGAUGCCCCCCUGGAUGUGCAGAUUGAGCCAGGGCCCUCCUCUGGAAUCUUGAUCAUCAGUUGGCUCCCAGUCACCAUCGAUGCUGCUGGCACCUCCAACGGUGUCCGUGUGACAGGCUACGCCAUCUAUGCUGAUGGGCAGAAGAUCAUGGAGGUGGCCUCGCCCACGGCAGGCAGUGUGCUGGUGGAGUUGUCCCAGCUGCAGCUGCUGCACGUGUGCCGAGAGGUGGCCGUCCGCACCAUGUCACCCCAUGGCGAGUCAGCCGACUCCAUCCCAGCUCCUGUCGCUCCAGCCCUGGAGGCUCCAGCCUGCCUGUCAGCCCGAGUCUCCUGCCCCUCACCACGACCAAGCCCAGAGGCCAGACCACCCCUUGCUGCAGACUCCCCAGGGCCUGGAGACCCCAGCUCUCCUCUCCAGCGCCCUGCCCCCCAUGGAACUCAAGAACCCCUAGGGGGUUCCCCAGCAAGCCCUCCAGGAGAGACGCCAAAAGGGUCCCAAGAGGAACCUCCAGCACCUUGUGCCCAGGAGGAGGCGGGGGCAGCUGUGCUGUGCGCCUUGGAGGAGAGGAGGGGCAGUGAGUCAGCCCAGGGCGAGAGGGCCCCUGGCCCUGCUGCUCCCUCACUGGCCGAGCAGGAGGCCAAGUGGACUUCGGGAGAGGCCCGCCCGGCACCCUGCUCCACCCGGGGAGUGGUGGCCCAGCGGGUGCCGAGCCCCGAGUCAUGCCGAGGAGGAGACACGGGGUCUGGGCUGCGGCCCAGGGCUGAGAAGGAGGAUGCUGCAGAGCUCGGGGUUCAUCUGGUGAACUCCUUUGUGGACCACAGCCGCAACUCAGACCUGUCAGAUAUCCAGGAGGAGGAAGAGGAAGAGGAGGAAGAAGACGAGCGGUGUUCCAGGACUUGCUCCUUCCAGAAGCAGGUCGCUGGCAACAGCAUCAGGGAGAAUGAGGCCAAGCCCCAGUCCCAGCCUGACCCCUUUUGUGAGACUGACAGCGACGAGGAGAUCUUGGAGCAGAUCCUGGAGCUGCCCCUCCAGCAGUUCUGCAGCAAGAAGCUUUUUAUCAUCCCCGAGGAGGAGGAGGAGGAGGAGGAAGAGGAGAAGCAAGGGGCAGACUGUUCUUCCCGAGACCCUGGCCUACCUGAACCUGUGUUGCUGGGGCUGGGCUGUGACAGUGGUCAGCCCCGAGGACCUGGCCAGUGUCCCUUGUCUCCUGAGCCGUCCAGGGCCGGGGACCACCUGGAGGACAUGCCUGGACUAGUUGGUGGAAGCAGCCGGAGGAGAGGAGGGGGCUCCCCUGAGAAGCCCCCAAGCCGCAGGCGGCCUCCAGAUCCCCGCGAACACUGCAGCCGACUCCUCAGCAACGGCGGGCCCCAGGCCUCUGGGCGACCAGGCCCCGCCCGGGAGAGGGGUGGCCUCCCCGUGGUUGAGGGGACCAGGGGUGGACCAGAGGCUGGUGGGAGAGGGCGGCCGGGCUCUUCUCGGAGGUGCCCCCGUGGCCAGGCCCUGGAGUCCGGCCUGGCCAGCUGCCUCUCCCCCAAGUGCCUGGAAAUCAGCAUCGAAUAUGAUUCGGAGGACGAGCAGGAGGCGGGCAGCGGGGGUGUCAGCAUCACCAGCUCCUGCUACCAUGGAGAUGGGGAGGCCUGGGGCACAGCACCUAUAGCAAGGUCCAGGGGGCCUGUGAAGGUCAAUUCAGGCCCCAACCCCUACCCACGCCUCCCGGCCUGGGAGAAAGGGGAGCCAGAGCGGAGAGGCCGCAGUGCGACUGGCAGAGCCAAGGAGCCACCCUCCCGGCCAGCAGAGACUGGAGAGCCCAGAGGGCAGGACAGCUCUGGGCGGAGGGGCCCCCAGAGGAGAGGGGCCCGAGCCCCCAGGCCAGGCACCACUGAGCUAGGCCCUCCAAGGAGCCCCCCAGAAGUGCUGGCUUACCAGGACCUACCUGUCAGGGUCUUUGUGGCGCUGUUUGACUAUGACCCCGUGUCAAUGUCGCCCAACCCUGAUGCUGGAGAAGAAGAGCUUCCCUUCCGGGAGGGUCAGAUCCUGAAGGUGUUUGGGGACAAGGAUGCUGAUGGCUUCUACCUGGGCGAAGCUGGGGGCCGGACAGGCUACAUCCCCUGCAAUAUGGUGGCUGAGGUGGCCGUGGACAGUCCCGCGGGGAGACAGCAGCUGCUCCAGCGGGGUUAUUUGUCUCCAGAUGUUCUCGUUGAGGGCUCAGGGAACGGUCUCUUUGUGUACUCCACAGCCCGCACAACUGGGCCUCCUCCCAAGCCCCGCCGCGCCAAGAAAGCCGAGUUGGAAGGCCCUGCUCAGCCCUGUCCAGCGCCCCCCAAGCCGAUCCCCUCUGCUGACCUGAAAGCUCCCCGCUCCAUGGUGGCUGCAUUUGACUACAACCCCCGGGAGAGCUCCCCCAACAUGGACGUGGAGGCAGAGCUGCCCUUCCGGGCAGGGGACGUCAUCACUGUGUUCGGGGGCAUGGACGAUGACGGUUUCUACUAUGGGGAAUUGAAUGGACAGAGGGGCCUGGUUCCAUCCAACUUCCUAGAGGGCUCUGGGCCUGAGGCAGGCGGCCCGGACAGGGAGCCCAGGACACCCCAGGCUGAGAGUCAGGACUGGGUCAGCACAACACCAGGGCCCUUGGCGCCCCCAGGCUGGCCCUGUGCCCCCAGCCCUGGCAGCCUCCCCAGGACUGAACUGGGGCAGCCACAGCGCACAAGCGAGAAGGUGCAGGGUCUCCUUUCCAAGGGGAAGCAGCUCCUCAGGAAACUGGGCUCUGGGAAGAAGGAGUGACACUGCGGCCCAUCCUGCAGCCAGAAGCGGCCCCCCGAGGCCAGCAGAGGCCCUCGGAUCGCUGUCCCUCCUGUUCUGCUGAGUUAACACUGUGGCGCUUGGAUGGGAAUCGGAGAGACUUGGUGAUGGUCAGAGCUAGAUGGGUCCUUAGUGAAGAACCCUCUGGAUGGGCGCCUUCCUCUUCCAGGAGGGAAAACUGAGCCCCGCAGUGGGAGACGAACUUGGCCGAGGUCUGGACCCAGGCUCCUGCCUCCUUGUCCACCACCUCGUCUCCUCCGGGGUCCCACCACACCUUGCUCGUUCCUUCUUUGGCCUUCUCACUCCCGGGACGGGGCCCUGCGGGGGGAAGGGGCCUGUCCCCUCCGAUGGCCCUGCCUGUCCUGAUCACGUCUUCCUCCCCUGAAGGAAAGCUUGCACUGGAUUGUUCUUGAGCCCCCCUGCGCACGGCGGGCGGGAGCGUGUAUAUAUGUACAUAUGCAGUGCCUCAGCCCAGCUGCUCCAUCUCGCUUCCACCGCACGGGCCCGGGAAGGAGAAAGGCCAUGCCAAAGCGGGCCUCACCCCACCCCAUCGUGCUCCAGCCCUCCCUGCCAGGCCUCCUGGCCCCCUCCCCCCACCCGUGUGGUCCCUCCCCCAGAGACCCAGGGGGCCAGCGGGCAGAAAGCAGGAGUUGGGUUUGCCUUAUUUUGCUCAUUGGAUUCAACUUCUCUUUUGCAUCGUUUUCCUCUGGCCCCUGUCAGAGUCCAGGGCUGGGGAAAAGGACAGAUUUAUGCAGCUAUUUUCAUACAUUCCCUGUUCGGAGUGGGGUGGGGUUCUCCGCCCUGCCCGUAACCACCUCAUGCCCCACCCUCAGGCUGGGUGAGUGUCUCUUUGCAUGUUUCCUUUGCUGUGGUGGGAGAUUGUUUGAGCCCCCACCCCCACCUUGCUCUCCAGGGGUGUGGAAUGGUGGGGGCAUUUGUUUAAAAAGACAUUUUAUUAUAAUAAAGUCUAUUUUCAUAAAAUCUA